UUUACCUUUGAUGAAGAGAAUCGAUAUAAUUGCUGCACUUCUCCAUCUGCUAGCUGGUGGAUGCAUUUGUAUAAUGUAUCCUUCGCACCCCUACAACAAGCAUGGAAUCACCGCCGGCAUUCCGGCCCCGGUGCCGCCGCCGCAGCACGCCGCCCUGCCUUCUUGCGGCAGCCAUACUGUUCCCUGGUCGACCGGUCUUUGCCACUGCAUGGAUGACCCUGGAAACUGUUUGAUGACAUGCUUUUGCCCGUGCAUCACAUUCGGAGAGAUAGCGGACAUAGUGGACGAAGGCGGCUGCUCUUGUGUGGCGAGCGGCGCGGCCUACGCCGCCCUCUGUUUCACCGGGGCGGCUUGCUUCUACUCCUACUGCUACCGCUCGAAGCUCCGCGGGCGGUACGACAUCUCUGAGGGGCCGGCGCCGGACUUCCUCGUCCACUGCUGCUGCGAGGCCUGCGCUCUGUGCCAGGAGCACCGCGAGCUCAGGAGGAAGGGCUUCGACAUGGGAAUCGGGUGGAAGGCGAACGCGGAGAGGCAGCGCCGAGGGAUGAUGAUGGAUCCUGUGAUGGGGGCUCCGGCGAUGCGUGGCGGGAUGACGAGAUAACCAUGGGCUCGUGCACGUGUUCUGCACGGAGUUGAUGAAUAUGAAUAAGUUUUUUUUUUCAGUCGCAUCUUUCUUUCAAGCUUAAUUACUGUCUUUGGGAGGCAGUUGCAUUUGUAAUGAAUGAUUACUUUUAAAAAAAAUGUUAAACAAUGUUAUUUAAUCUCAUUGAUAUAUUGAA